UCUACAUCACCAAAGAAGGAGGAGAAGUUGGAUUUGAGCAGGUCUUCUUCUCAAGACCCGGAAUUAAGGCAACAGAUUGAAGAACUCGGUAAGAGCCUGGCGACUAUGUCCGAAUUUAUUCAAGCAGAGAAGGCCAAGAAAGCCGAGGAGGAGAAAGCGAGACAAGAGGCGGCGGAGGAGGAGCAACGGAGAGAAGCAGAAAAACUGGAUCGAGAAAGGAAGGCACGUAAGAGGAUUGAGAAGCAACGAAAAGAGGAGGAGAGAGCAGCUGAGAUUGAUAAAAAGGUGGAACUGCAUGUGGCGAUAAAGACGGGGGAGUUCUUCGAUAGGAUGGAGACCAACCUGGGACCUGUACUCAUACUGGGUCGAAAAGCUAAAGGCAAAAAGCAAGUCGUCUAUGUGUCGGAUGAAGAGUCGAGUUCUGGCCAUGGGAGUGGUGGAAGCGCCACCAAGGAAAUCCGGACAAAGACGGGACGCCUGGCCAUAAGCGAGAAGCGAAAACGUGGAGCUGAACCAGUAUUUGAAAACAGUCCUCCGAUGAUAACGCCGGCUAAGCAUACCCCGAGGACUACGAAGGAGAAAGCAACUGACGGCACCCUGCGCAUCACCAGGUCCAAGGCGAAGGUAAAGACGAAGUUGUCUCCGUAUACGGCGAAGUGCAAGAAGAGCCCUGGGCAGCUGGGCACUGUGGCUAAGCUGAGAUAUCGGAACCAAGUCAAGGAGGAACUCCGCGGCAUGGACGCACAAGAACUGCAGGCUGCAUGUAAGAGUGAGGGCAUCGCGUAAAAUGGCAAAGUGGACGCUAUCUUUGAUAUUGCGAGCCAUCGUACGCGCAAAGCCUUCGG